CAUAUAUGUAAGGCGAGAUUCCGUUUUAACUAAUUACACCCAAAAAUUAAUAUCCGAAAAUCGAAAGAUUCCUUACUGGUGGAUUCUUCUUGAUUUGUUCUUCUACUUUCCGUCUGUUUCGAUACGGAUGGCUCAGUUCUUGAGUUUCGCCAGGGAAUUCCGAGUUUCUUGAGAUUUGUAUGAUCUGACACUUGUUCUGUUGACCGCGAAGUGCCUGCUUCAGUCUUCUCAUGUCUUGAUUCCUUCCAAUCAGGUUCUACUUGGCAUCUGCUACUGCAAUGGAUAGUGGCUUAUUCCAGGAUUCAAAUUCUCCUAUUGCUGUUGAGUUGAAAUCAGAUGUUAUGCCAACUAAAAUACCAGAUGGCGACCAACAUUUUCUCUUGUACUUCAUAACUGGUAUCUACUUUGGGCCUGACCUCAAAGGUGAAAGGCCACUGAAAUCAGUGCUGCAGAGGCUUACUGAGGAAUUGCCUCCCUAUACGUCUGAUCAGCUUGCUGGAUCUCACAUGAAGAUGGUGGAAGUAGAGCGCAUUUUUUAUUAUGUCUUGAGGAAGGCUGAUGAAUCUCUUGUCAUGAAAAUGUCUUUAUUGCACCAGUUCUUCCAAGGCAACUUUCCUGCCCAAGGACGAGAUAUUAGUUCUCCUCAGUUUCCUGAUCUCUUUCCAACUGAAUUCCAUCCCCAUUCACGGUCCAAGAACCGGUAUAGGUUCAUUGAGAAUAUUUCAUUUAUCAACAACCCAGAAGUCUCCUACCUCAACUCUAAGGAUCUUGAAAGGUUUAAGAGGCUAACAGGGCUAGAUGACCUCCUUUUGGAUAGAGAUGCAGCAAGGUCACACAAUUUGUCAGAUCGUAAAAUUUCACUUAAUGUCGAAGCUACAGAUAAUACAUCAAAUAAAGAGUCGUCUCCACUUAAGGAUGAUAAGAAUUUGCAGAGAUCAAAGUUGGUAGGCGAUUCCCUCAAUGCAGAAGAUUAUUCGCAACAUGACUCUGUAACUGCACCAGUUCGUAGUGUUCCAUAUAAUGGUAAUAUGACACCUCCACAAACCAAAUCUGACUCUGAUUCUGUGGAGCACAAAUUCGGUCCAGCAAUGGUAUAUCUUCCUCGACAACCAUGUGAAGAGGAUUGGGCGAAUAUUCUGGCUGCUACAAAUAGAGGAUUUGCAUUGACUGGAACUGCAGCAAUGGGGCACGUUGGACCAAUAAUUGGACUAAUGGACAUUGGGGAAUGUGAAGAUUCGUACUUGUUUCGUGUGUCUCUUCCUGGCGUUAAUAGAGAUGGAAGGGGAUUUAGGUGUGAAGUUGAGAAGGAUGGGAGAGUGGUGAUAGAGGGAGCUACAUCAACAGGUGAGAGAAGAGUGAAAAAGCAGUCCCAAGUGUUUGAAAUGCUAACCAACAACCUGUGCCCACCAGGAGAGUUCUCACUCUCAUUUCAACUGCCUGGCCCAGUUGACCCUCAACAAUUCUUAGCUAACUUUGACAUUGAUGGGAUUCUUGAAGGAGUUGUGAUGAAAGGUUUACAGUCAUGAGAGUAUCAGCAAUUUCACCCCAUGCCUUGAUGAUUCUAUAGAUAAUAAGAAUAGGUUCAGAAUGUAGAACACGUAGCAUAAUCCUUUUCUUUGUUUAGAAUUUGUUGAGAUUAGAUAAUGAGCAAAUAUGAAUACGUUUGCAGUUUUGCACAGAAGAUGAUAUGGAGUUUUAAGAUUUGUUUGA